GUCCCUCUCGCCGCGCUCGCGCCCUCCUUCUCCUGCUGCGCUCCAGGCACCGGCCGCGCGCAGGCGGCGCUCCGCAUUGCACACGCGGGGGGCGCCGCAGUGUUCGUGGGAUGGGGCAGCGGGCUGCCUCUGGUGGCAGGGACACGAGCGUCCCGGGUGCCCGUCCUCUACCACCGUCGCAAGUGCCCACUCUGAGGCCCUCUGUAUGAGUGACACGCCAGUCUGCCAUGGAACCUAGCCCUGCCCUGGCCUGGCUCCUGCUGCUGAGCCUGGUGGCCGAUUGUCUGAAGGCUGCUCAGUCCCGAGACUUCACAGUGAAAGACAUAAUCUACCUCCACCCUUCAACCACUCCGUAUCCUGGUGGAUUUAAGUGUUUCACCUGUGAAAAAGCAGUGGACAAUUAUGAAUGCAACCGAUGGGCUCCUGACAUCUACUGUCCUCGAGACACCAGAUACUGCUACACUCAGCACACGAUGGAAGUCACGGGAAACAGCAUCUCUGUCACCAAACGCUGUGUCCCGCUGGAGGAAUGCUUAUCCACAGGCUGCCGAGACUCAGAGCAUGAAGGCUACAAGAUCUGCACCUCCUGCUGUGAAGGAAAUAUCUGUAAUCUACCGCUCCCUCGAAAUGAAACGGAUGCCACAUUUGCCACCACGUCACCUAUAAACCAGACGAAUGGGCACCCACACUGUGUGUCAGUGAUCGUGUCCUGCUUGUGGGUGUGGCUGGGACUCACCUUAUAACAACCCUCCCUCUCUACCAAAUGUAGAUGAGCUCUGUGGGUUUCCCUGUGGCCCAUAGCCAUGCAUGAAGUCAUUGGCUUGGCAGUAGUGACACUGUGCAACCCCCAGACGUCAUCACAGCCAGACGUCAUGGCAGCCAGCCAUUAAUUACCAUUAACCAUGAAGAACAAGCAUUGCUUCCAUGCUGUCACUUCCAGCCUAACCAUAGCCCCAUCAGUCAGCCUGUCCUCUCAAUAGAUUCAGACCCUGAUUUCUAUACCACAAACCUGGGAGUUCCCUCCAAGAAAGAGUUCUGCGUUUAUUGAUGUCUGGGGCUCUUGCUUCAGAAUCCAUGCGUGAGCUGCAGGAGGUCCUGGACCCUCUGAGGAAUAAGCUGUGGAUGCAGGAGGUAUUCAUUCUUUUCAGGAAAAGGGUAAAGAACCAUUGGCUUAAUUGCAAUCACACCUGCACCUACAGCUUUAGAAGUUUAAAACAUUAAAUCUGAAAUAAAUGGAAUAGUUUCUUUGAGAUUCCGAUGGAGUCCCCCAAAAGAGUUGAAAGAACUUUGCUCAAUUUAAUUUCUCCAGUCUCCUUAUCUUAACAUUGGGAAACGUGUUCCUUCUGCUCUUUGUAGAAGGUUUAACAAAAGGCAAUUAUAAAAGUUUGUUGUAUUUGUAGGAGUGGAAAGAGAAAGAGUUCCCCCAAUUUGAUAAAAUUAGCAUACACAGGACGACGGUUUCCUUCUUGCAACUGGGCAGAUUGGCCUUGACUCGGUUGCUAAUUAUGCUUCCUGAGUUCCUGGAUUCCAGCUGCACCAGCUGGAUUAUUUUCUCCAGGAGUUGCAUUCUAGUGAGAUGGAGGUGAUGUAGUCAGAGAGAGGACGUCCGAAUAAAAGGAAGCUCUCUGGAGGUUGGUCCUGGCUCAUCUGGAAGGCUCAGCAAUAGCUAAGCAAAAUUAUUUCUCUUUCCGCAGUAUUUACUGGCACAAAGCUGUCUCCUUCCACAACCACGGUGACGUUAAAGAGAAAGUUCAGGGUUAACUUCUCAGUAGAUCAAUAAGAUAAGAACACGCAUGUGCUAGGGUGAGAAAAAGAUGGAUUGUAAGUCGUAUGGUGGCCUAAGGAGUAGGUUUUGUUUUUCUCUGCUACUGUUUUUGAAGAAGAAAAGGCUUUCAUUGUCCUUCACGUAUUUUUUUUUUUUAACCAAAAUCAAGUGUGUUUGUUUUCUUCUCCCAUGUAAAUUCUUUAAAUGACAUUUAUUUUUUUAUGGUAUAAACUGAAAACUAUAUUUCAAAGACAAUUCUUUCUUUUUUGUUUUUCUGAACAAAAUAUCAGUUAGAAUGUUUGCUUUCAACAGCGGUAGGGAUUGCCAUCAUUCCUGACCAUGGGAAGAGAGCCGCGAUCCUCAUACUGAUGCUGAAAAGUUACUGUGCUAUGAACAGGAGUUGUGCAUUUGCCUCAAGGGUUUGACUCAUUGUCUCCCCAGAAAUGUUGCCCAAGACAUAUUCAGGUGGAGGCCAUCACAGGUGUGACUGUCUUUGCAGGGCUGUGGGGUGUGUCCACAGGGAACUUGGCAGAGCUAUGUCUUGAAGAGGUCAAUGAUGUUAAAAAUAUAUCUGCCCUGCACAGGGAACUUUAGCUCAACUUGAGACCCCUGCUCAGGGACCAAAUCUGAACCAACGGCAGAAAUUCUGAUGCAACUCAUUGAAGUUUCAUCACACAGCCUUACUGAAGAGUUUGGCAGGCUUAUCAAUUUUUUGCUUAUAACUGUGGAUGGGAGAGCAGGAGAGAAAGACCUGUAAUAAGCACCUCUCAUGUGCCCGGCACUUUGCUAAGCACUUUACAUAGUUAGGCCAUAUAACCGUACAUCAAUUCUGUAAGAACAGAACGUAUUGAUGUGUACAAAUGAAGGUCCCAAGGCUCAAAGAAGUUUGAUAAAUGAAGCCUUUUCCUUCAGAUUUUGUUUAUGUGGGAUGUGACAUGUUUGAAAAAAUAAACUAGGGGAGGGGGAAUGGAAUUUCUCAGCUAGGAAAACCUCUAGGCCUGACUUCAUGGGAAUUUCCCCAUCUUAUCAUGUAGAACAUAUCCUGCUUCUCAGGAUGACAUUUGCAUGUGUCCCCUUGCCACUUUUUCUUUGGGGAAUAAAGUUAUAGCUUCCUUAUUUAUCCUCUGGUAAAGAGAGGAGAUAGUUGACAUUGCAUCUAAAGAUGCUAUAAGACAAUGAGAAUUUGAUGUUGUACAUGUCUACAAGUACUGUUUUUGUGCAUGGUCACACUCUGCUGACAUUUGCCAAGUCUGCAUGCAAUCUGAACAAGAGACAAGGGACUGACCACAUGAGAGCCUCCCUGGCUGGUUUUCAGGGAUUGGGUUCUCAAGGGUACAGACCGUCCUCGCUUGGGGAGAGGUGGCAGCCAUUGUACACAUGUGCUGCACACAUCCAUAAUGCCUUUCAAAGUGUCUUUUUAAUUCUCUUGAAAGAAUAUGGAUUUGCUCGCCACCCCCAACCUCAAGAAGCCAAGGAGGGACCAUUCCUAUAGAAGGUCCAGGACUAAUUACCCAUGUGACUGUUGUCACUUUAAACUUCCCAUUAAACCUCACCAUUGGUGAUGGCUUAAAAUGCAAAGAGCCAUGAUGUGUAUAUUAACCUAUGUUCUACAUAUUUAUUUUUAGACUUUCUUCAACAUCCAUGUUAGUAUGGGAUUAAUGCCUAAGUGUAAAUAUUGUACACUUUGUAAAUCAAUGAAUAAAGAUUUUAAGUGUGUUUCA